UGGGUGAAUUCCUCCGUCUCCUCUCAGCGGGGGACGGCCUGCGGACUGAGCCGCGGCACUGGCCAAACCGCUCAGGCUCUAGCCGGAACCUCCGAGCCCGGCCCAAACGGGAUUCGGCUCCCGAGCUGGGAAGAAUAAGCAGGAAAUGGCGGACGAGGCGUUGUUUUUGCUUCUGCAUAACGAGGUGGUGUCUGGAGUGUACAAGUCCGCGGAGCAGGGGGAGGUGGAAAAUGGACGCUGUAUUACUAAGCUGGAAAACAUGGGUUUUCGAGUGGGACAAGGAUUGAUAGAAAGGUUUACAAAAGAUACUGCAAGGUUCAAGGAUGAGUUAGAUAUCAUGAAGUUCAUUUGUAAAGAUUUUUGGACUACAGUAUUCAAGAAACAAAUCGACAAUCUAAGGACAAAUCAUCAGGGCAUCUAUGUACUUCAGGACAACAAAUUUCGCCUGCUUACUCAAAUGUCUGCAGGAAAGCAGUAUUUAGAACAUGCAUCCAAGUAUUUAGCAUUUACAUGUGGCUUAAUCAGAGGUGGCUUAUCAAACUUGGGGAUAAAAAGUAUUGUAACAGCUGAAGUAUCUUCAAUGCCUGCCUGUAAAUUUCAAGUGAUGAUACAGAAGUUGUAGAACCUACUGAAAUGCAAGACUUCCGUAGUGUGAAGAGAUAAAUUAUUCCUGUAUAAAGUAUUUCAAGUAGCAAUGGUUUAAUUACAUUGUUGGACAUUUGAAUUGAUAUAAGCUAUUUGCUAACUUAUAUAAUGAAAGAUGCAUUCUUAAGCAGGAGUAAGAUUGUAUUUUAUCAAUUUAACAUAGACCAAGUUAAAACAGGUAAAAGAACAUUCUACCAUAACAUACACUUGACUGAAACUACUCAGAAUGAAAACCUGAUUUCAAAUAACUAAACACCAACAUAGGACCCUUAUUUAAACGUUCUUAUUUGCUUAGAGUGAUGUGUAUCUAAUCAGAGAUGGAGAAGCAAAACUCAGGGUUUGGGAAAUUAGCAUAAAGAAAAGUAUACACCAAUCAGAAUUAUUUGUGUAAGAAUGAACAAAUUUUGGUUUGUUUUAUGAAUUUGUUAUUUAAAAAAGCAAACAGUACACUAAAUUAAACUUAAUUAUUUUAUUGCUUAUAAUUUAUUUCUAUUAAGAAUUUUUAUGCCUGUUUAAGGAUUUCAUUAUAUACAUUGUGUUGUGUGUGUGUGAUAUAUAUAUCUGACUGCCUAAGUCGCUUAAAAACUUUUAUUUCACUUUAAUAGAAUUCAGUUCUUGAGAGCUCCAUUAAUGUAACAAAGUAAAAUAUAUAGAUAAAGUGAGAGAUAAGAAUUCAGUGACUCCAGGGCCAAAGAAUAUUAGAUAUUUUAGGAAGGCAUUUUUAUAAUUACUCCUGUUAGUCUUGACUUUCAGUUUCUCUUUCCAUGUGUGGUAGUGCUGAAGGUUCUAACAUCCUUGUCCCCUUACUUACUUCUCUGCAAGGGCACAGGGGUGGAUAAUUGGAUUAGUCAUACCAACAUUCAUGGGACCACAUCUUCCCAGGGGGUUGGGGUCAGUGCUCAUCUACUGUCUCUCUCACCUUCUCUUCCGUCUGAUGACCAUGAAAGGACAAGUAUAAAGAUGAAAGCUAUCAUCACACUGGCAGGAUGCACAGAUAGAAAGCACCUGAAUUGUGCUUCUGAAUUAACCAAUCCUGAAAUUGCUUUACCUUUGGACUGUUUGUUAUGUUGAGAUAAUAAAUUCCUCCAUUGUUUAAUC